CCCCUUUUACUUGCUACAUACCUCGGGGUUAGCGGAGUCCGCAAACGCUCCUUGUCGCCGUCUGGGGGCUUCGCCGCCUUCGUGGUGGGCUUCGCCAUGAUGGCGGUACCCUUGCGCACGUUUGGCGUUGCCCUGAUCGUCUUCUACCUCAUAGGAUCGAAGGCGACGAAAGUUGGGAAGGCGUUGAAGGCAAAGCUGGAAGAGGGCCACCGGGAGGCUGGGUACAGAAAUGCUGCGCAAGUCCUCUGUAACUCCCUGUCUGCAUUCGUCGCGUCACUGCUCUGGAGCGCGUACUUCGUCCCAGACUCGGCAGCGUCACAGGUACUCGGAAACACUACACCCACGAAGCCAUAUAACUUUGCACGAUGGUGCCCCGUGGAUCCUCCCCAGUCGGCGCACCUGAGCCGCGCUCUGCUCUUCGUGACAUUGGGACAUUUUGCGUGCUGCCUGGGAGACACCCUUGCCUCUGAGCUGGGCAUACUUUCUCGAGCUCCUCCUCGCCUGAUCACCACCUUCAAGCCUGUGCCCCCCGGUACGAAUGGCGGAAUGUCUACUACGGGGACCCUUGCCUCGCUUGCCGGCGGAAUUAUCAUGGGUCUGACCAUGUCCGCGACUCUGCUCCUUGAAAGUUCAGCCUGUCGCAGGGAGUGGCCUGCGGUUCUCCUGUCAUUAGUGGGCUGGGGUGCUUUCGGUGGCGUGUUUGGAUCUCUGCUGGACUCACUUAUGGGAGCUACCGUCCAACGCACAAGAUAUUCAUCAAUCACCAAGCGUAUCCUCACAGACGAGUCGUCCGAGCCUGCCUCGAAUGCAGACGUAAAGGUAAUUAGCGGCCUGAACCUGCUUUCAAAUAACCAAGUAAACCUACUUUCGUCUAUUCUCACGGCCUCGCUCCUAGGUUAUUUGGCUUGAUAUUCAGUUUCUAUCGGCUGUCGAAACUACUGAAUAUUGGUGCCGAGUACCGUAGUAUCGCCGUUCUGACGCAGGUUUUGAGAUGCAUAUGUUGCGACACUGCUAUGUACGAGCCGUGAAAGGAUGUUAGCCUAUACUGCGAUUAGGUUGGUGUUCCACAAGAUCAAUUGGAG